AUGGCAGGUCCACCACAUCCACACACAUACCUCGGCUGGUGGGGAGACUUUGGCUCACCACCACAAAAGUACAUCACCCAGUACUCGAUCUCGCCAUACGUUGCCAAACCCUUGAAAGGAGCAGCCUAUAACGCCGUGUUCAACACUUUUAGAAGAACCAAGAACCAGUUCCUUUACCUUGCCAUCCCCUUUGUUCUCGUGUGGACCGUCUGGACUAGGGCUAGAGACUACAAUGAGUAUUUGUAUACCAAGGCCGGUAGAGAAGAGUUGGAGAGAGUCAAUGUUUGA